CUAGACUAUAAAAACACAACCCAAAUAACAGAGGGUAUCUCAGUAAUCAUGGCAUCAAUAUGGAUCGUUUCGUUACUAGCUAUUACCGGCAGUGUCUUUGGUCAAGACUGUGGCAUUCCAGAAAUCCAACCUGUUGUGAGCGAUUAUAAUCGUAUCAUCAAUGGUGAAGACGCUGUGCCUCACUCCUGGCCAUGGCAGGUGUCUCUGCAGGACAAUACCGGUUUCCAUUUCUGUGGUGGAUCCCUUCUCAAUGAACUCUGGGUGAUCACAGCUGCUCACUGCACAGUCUAUCCCAAUAGUGAUGUUGCUGUACUUGGAGAACAUAGCCGAGUAUCUAAUGAGGAAAACAUCCAGAGGAUUGGCAUAGCAAAGGUUUUAGAGCAUCCAGAUUAUAGCAACAGCAUUUCCGCUGAUGUUACCCUUUUAAAACUGAAGACCCCGGCUGUAUUGGGACCUCAUGUGUCUCCUGUUUGUUUGCCCGCAAAGCAGGAUGUUUUCCCAGAAAACCUAAAGUGCAUUACCACUGGCUGGGGGAGACCCAGUACUGGAUCCUUUGCUUCAGCGAUAAUCCUUCAACAAGUGGCACUGCCAAUAGUUGGUGAGGAAGACUGCAAGAAACAAUGGGGCAGCUCCGUGACUGAAUCAAUGAUUUGUGCUGGGGCAGCGGGAGCAUCCUCCUGCCAUGGGGAUUCUGGUGGUCCACUUGUUUGCCAGAUUGGAGAUUCUUGGUCCCUUGUAGGCAUUGUGUCCUGGGGAUCUUCUUCUUGUAACAUCAAGUUGCCAGCUGUCUACUCAAGAGUGACCUACGUCCGCCAAUGGAUAGAUGAGCAAAUCACAUCAGGAUAGGGAUGAAGAGCACAUUACAGUACUGCUGUUAACAAAUGCUAAACUGAACACAGAUCAGUGAUAGACUUUAUGUCUGUUCUUAGAAACAUAAUUCUAAUGAUGCAGUUUUGCACAAAAUAUUAGUAUUACAAGUUGCAAAGGACUCAUAAAGCAAUGAGUUACAAUGUCUUGAAUAUCUCUUAAUGCAAUAAAGUGUCUCAGAAAAUA